CUCCGCAGACAUGGCUCCCCGUAAAGGAAAGGAGAAGAAGGAGGAGCAGGUCAUCAGUCUGGGCCCUCAGGUGGCUGAAGGAGAGAACGUGUUCGGCGUGUGUCACAUCUUCGCCUCCUUCAACGACACCUUCGUCCACGUCACCGACCUCUCCGGGAAGGAAACGAUCUGCCGUGUGACGGGCGGCAUGAAGGUGAAAGCGGACCGUGACGAGUCGUCUCCGUACGCCGCCAUGUUGGCGGCUCAGGACGUAGCUCAGCGCUGCAAGGAGCUGGGCAUCACGGCGCUGCACAUCAAGCUGCGGGCCACCGGAGGAAACAGGACCAAGACUCCUGGACCCGGAGCUCAGUCCGCCCUCAGAGCUCUGGCUCGAUCCGGGAUGAAGAUCGGACGCAUCGGUACGUUCACCCCUCUGUGAGGCCCGGUUCUGAAG